UCUCUGUCAAAGAAUAUAGCGUGAGCAAUGAUGGCAAUACGUACUCUGAGGUGCACUCCGAUGCACUCCGUACAACUGCAAUCGAAGAUACAACACGUGUCUCAGCGGUGGCGUUGUUCAAUUAUGGAGGAUUAAUUGCAUGGUUCUGGUAUUUGGUAACCUGAGUUUGAUCCUAAGGGUUCUCUUCUUGUUUUCUCUUAGGAUCAAACUCAGGCUACCAAAUACCAGAACCAUUCCUUAAUAUUAAGAGUAUCUCAAUCUCUGUGUUAUGGACAAUUGUUGGAUCUCGAUCUACUCGUCGUCGUCGUCUGUAUCUAUUGAAUAGUAAACUAGAAUUUGUUUAUGUUUUCAAAGACGCACUCUUUACUCUAGGUAUACAAAAAAAAAACACAACACUCAAUCAUAGGAAUUGGGACGUCCUUUCUCUUCUUGUAGCUCAUCUAAUAUUGUGGCGAGAUCUACAACUACCAAGAGCUGAUACGCGAUGAGAAGCUUGAAGAUACAAGAGCGAGCGACGGCCAAGUGAUACUUCCGCUGUAUGAGCGGUAUGGUGUAUGACCCGUGAUCUUCAAUAAUUCAAGGUCAAUUCAACAAGCACUUGAAUCCUUCUUUGGUUUCAUGAAAAUUGAAAUUUAUGGGUUGUAAAACUAAAAAAUAACGCUACAUAUGAUGAAGUAGUACUCAAUCUGAAACUGAAAUCACGACCCACGCAGACAAUCUAUCACAAAACGAAAAUUCUUUAUAUUUUUCAUAAUCAUCGAACUUCGUGAAACGGCUUGACGGCGAAUUUGCUAUUGCUGUGCUAGACUACGAGAAAGACGAAGCGAUUCUCGCUACCGACACGCUUGGAACGAAGCCCUUGUUUUACGCAACCUGUGUCGAACUGCAUCUUGGCUCUGCGGAACUACCUACCCUGCACGUCGCAACCUACGAGACUGCACUUGAAAGGCUGAUAGAAGAGGAGCGCGAAAGACGCAAGGGGAACAACGGCGAGCCGUUCGAAUGUGGGAUUGAACGCGUGCCUCCUAAUGCUAUUCUGCGCCUCCGGCUGACAGAAGUUGCAGAAGUGAAUCCGGUAUCAGCUUUAACUAGCUUCAAAACCGAAAGGACUACCCUGUUUGAAUUCGACUUGUGGCAGUGGAAAAAGCAGACGUUUGAUUUCGAAGCAGCUUUCCGGAAGGCUGUAGAGAUAUGGAUUUGAUGUAGUUUUUCCUCCCAUCUUUAACAGACCACGAUCAAGACUGACCCUUUUCCCCUUGAAAGUGUAUAGGUCAAAGGGGAGCCUCGAUGGUCUGCCUCUAGAGGGGAGAAAAAACGCCAUUCAUAAGAGAAACGCAUCCGCUACAUCAAGUUCGACCAAGGGAAAAGCGUCAUUCUAGGUCUCUCCUCCGGCUACGAGUAUGACAGGGUCGUCACUACCACUAGUUACAGGGUCACUAGCUAUAGUACGAAGAGAUUGAGAUUGUUGAGAUACUUCCUCUACUAGAUUUUCGCAUUGCAAUAGCAUAAACUAGAUUUUCGCAUUGCAUUAGCAAAUAAGUACAAAAAAAUGAACAUAGAUAAAAUGAACCUAGAUUGAUAGGUACUAGAAGAGAGUGGAGUAGUACGUCAAACGCCACACCCACAGGAUUCUAACUUUCAUCUUCUCAGUCGUUCAAACAUAGCUAUGAUCAAUGACUCCGCGUCAGCCAACAGGCGCGACGAGGUAAUACUUGGAGGUGGAGUAGGUCCUUAUCAUUGUUUCUCGAUGGAUUGGUUUAUCUUUAUCAUUGUCUCUCCUCCAUCCAUUUUUCUCUUCCUCCUCUUGUCCUCUUCUGGUAUUCAUUGUGCCAGUGGGCUCGUACAUCUGGCCUUGUGUCUUGAAGGCGCUGGCGCGAUCGCAGCCUACAGCGUUGCAGCGAAGGAAAAUAUGAAUCGCAUUCUAGAGCGUCUACAGCGAUGCCAAGAAAUUCGCAGAGGUGUACCACAAACCUCCUCGUCUGCACAACCUAUGCUGGAAACGACAUUCACUGAAGACCCCGAGCAGACCGAGUCAACCUCUUCUACGAGAGCGUCAUCAAAGCAAGAGAGAUCCUUGGCAUCUUCAAGUACACCUCAAUUUCCAGAUGCUGAAGAUACAGGACAUUUGCUCUUCCUAGAGCAGGAUGAAUUGGAAAUGGAGCAUGCGUAUCUUCGCCGAUUUGCAGAACCUUUUCAGUAUACACGAGCUGCAGGGGGAGUACCUUACACUAGGGCAUGAAAAAGAUAAUAUUAUACAUAGAUCAGGUAGAAGAAGUUCCUCAGAAGUCCCUCAUUCAUAAAAAGGACAAAAGUGGACUCAAUUAGCUAGAGUUAAAGGGUAGUUUGUUGCAGUGCGGUAGGGAGGACUUCGCACUUAUUAUUUUCCCAAGAUUGAUUCUUUGUAAAUGUAUGAUCCACGAAAAUCCUUGCUUCUUCAUUGAGUAAGUCUACGAUGAUCCUGCUGCUCGCGGAAGCAGUUUUGUCUUCCGCAAAGCAACGCGUGAAAAGAAGCAUCGCAUCAACCUCUCUGGGGCUGGCGGAGAUGAGCUGAUGGGAGGCAACUACGGCUUCCUGGGACAACGACCCUACACACCUGCAAGUGCUUCCUCUGAAGGGCCUCCGUCUACACCACAGCCGCUCACGUAUACGUGGAGCAGCGCAACUCCGACAAGAAGAGUGAGAGGUGUAGUUGUUUAUGGCUAAUAGUGAUAGAUACUAAUGAUCCAUUUCAUCUUCUACGGAUGAUAGACUAGUUGUAGAGAUGCGUAGGUAGUUGAUGUGUGCCUUCUAACUAUUGCACGCAUGGAGCAAAACACAAACAGGAGCAGUUUCUAUUUUAGAACAACCAAAAUUAGGAUUACCACCUCAAGGAUCUUCUGUUGAGUCUCCGCAUCAACAGUCCGCCGACUACGUGCCAACUGCGCGUGACCACCUGUGGCGCUUGAAGGCGAUUCUCUACGCUUGGUGGAAAACAGCUCAAAAAGAAGCACGCAAUGGCAACGCCAAGCCUGCACAGAUAUUCACAACAAAUGGAAUUUUAAACGGACGCUCAUCUACAGCGAGUCCAGAUUCUAUUGCGGUAGGUCGCGAACGAGAAGACAGCACAUCAAUCACGACAAGAAUUCUUAGUCCUACAGCUUUAGGUUCUGGCGGUAAUCUCGUCGUGAGUGAGAUCGUGCCACGUAAUACUACGUCAUGGGCCAUUUUUUCGGCAACGAUGCAAAAGCUGAUUUACUCCGUCUUGCCGAAAGUGGAACGGACCCUUUUAGCAGCGACAGACUCCGAUUUUUGGCCAUCCUUUUGGACAUUGUUUUUAUGGCUUAACGUUCUUGCAGUUGCUCUUGCCAUUGGGUGUAGAAUCAAUAUUUUUAAACAUAUUGAAUGAAACUCUCUCUCAUCACUCACUUUAAAUUUUCACAGUAUCCGUCUCUCUGUUGAGCAGAAUUAGUAGUUGGACAGAGACAAUUCAUCGAGUUCUCAGAAGAAUGUAUAGGUACAAUUUCACUUGUUCUUGAGAAGGCGAAAUUUCAAAAUGUAAAAUAUUGAGGCCUCGUCUCAAAAAAUAAUUCUCGAAAAUUCAUCAGACUCUAAGAUUUUGGCAAUUGAUACCUGCUUUUCCUACGCCAGCAGCUGUCGGGAUGGAAGUGCAUACAUUAGACAGUCUCGUCUCUGUACCCUGGCCCAGCGAUGGCGGUUCUCGUCAACAUCAUGGAAGUAGUAGUUCUCAUUCGACGAAAUCAUCUCGAAGUUUUAGUUCAUCUUCGGCAACCUCAACAGCUUCCGCGCAGUUAAGAGAACCCACGCCGCAUCCUGAACAUGAUCGUUGGCGUCCUUUUCAAAGAGAAAAAGCGCUCAAGGAUGGUCUCAGGGAUGGUGCGACGAGGUAGCUCUCUAACACAGCAAAGAACCAAACAGCUCUUUCUCGAGCACUUCUUUGCUUCCAGCAGAGAGCUUGCAGUGAAAGAUGAAGGGAUUGCAGUGCAAAAUGAGGAAGUUGCAAGUAGCGGAAGUAGUAACACGAGAGAACAAGGAGAUGUUCGAGAUCAACAAGGUACUAGAGGACGAAAGCUAGUUACUGUAGAAAAACCAACCACGGUGGUACAGAUGAAGACAACAGGAAUGAUCAAAGAAGGAGAGCAACGCCAGCACUUAAAAAUAGAGCAAGAAGAGGAACCUUCUUUAACACUUUCAUCUGGUGAGAGCAGUAACACGUCACAAGCAGUAGUGACGUUCAUAAAUCAUGUGACGGAUAUGCUACUACGGGAAGAACAGGAAUCAUCGACCACUUUCGUUGAAGGAACGAACAACGUUGACGCAACGAACAACUUUGAGGCAACGAACAACGUUGACGCAACGGUAGAGUUCGAACAGCGCAAGGUAGGUCCCCGAGGCACGCUGGGUUACCUUUUUCCCUGGUAAGGCUACUUUCUCUAGCGGUUUUGAACCUCGUUAUCACAUCUCAAUUUUCCUGUGUCAAUUAAAGUUUACUAAGUUACCUCGUGUAGAACAAAACUGCUAUUUACUUACUAUUGUCAUGCCCUCCCUCAGGAUUACAAAUACUGAAGAAGAAGAUUCAUUGCUAGAAACAAAGAAUCCUCAUCCUGUAGAAGAAAUAUCGUGGCUAAGAACAAGUUGUGAGUCACUGAAUGUAUAAAGCCCUAAUCCUAGCUGAACUUUUUUGAAGGGAAGAUGCGUGACUUUUUGAUGAAAGAGGAGAUGAUCGCAGGUGCGCAUGGAGUGGAGACUCGUUAUCCCUUCCUGGACCCGAUGUUAGUCCAAGAAUUCCUUUGGCUCUCCGCUGACCUGAAAAACAGCAUUUAUAAGCGGCCCUUGUUGGACAUGCUGCAACGAUAUGCUUACCCUUUAUUAAGGCUCGGUUAGGGUUAUUCCGGUUCGAGAUAAUUAUUGAUUACUAGACUAAAUCGCUGCUGUCUUACCUCUGUCGUCGGUUUUGAUUUUGUGACACCUCAAAUUUUCAUCAUAUACAUAUUGCGAGCUCUAAUUUUGGAGCUGGGUAAGCAGGGCUUUUCGGCGCACGUGGUCACGGCAGCUGGAGAUAAAGUAAAGAAAGUCUGUGCUGCCUGCAUCAACACGAGGAGAAAAAAGCGAACCGGUACCCGGCUAGCGAAGACCUCGAAGAACACGUAUCCUAGUACCACUCGCGCUCCAGGCGCCGGCUAUCUGGGAACAGCCCACUUCGGACGCUUUCAAAAUUCGUCUUCUGCGUGUCCACUUCCCCAUUUGGAGUGCCAUGAGUCGACGAUCUAGUUCUUCAGUGUGAAACUUUCUGAUAAAACUGUAUCUGUAGGAGAAAGAGGUACACCAACAACGUUGACCUUGCUAAGGUAGGAGAAGAUGUUGAACUGUAUCUGUAGGAGAAAAUGUUGACUUUGUUGACCUUGACUUUGAUGUUAUGAGCUUGACUCUACGCAAGAAGGAGGACCAAUUUGACCAUCCGACCACUGAAGAAAUGGAUCUG